AUGGGCAAGUCUUCCAAGGACAAGCGCGACGCCUACUACCGCCUCGCCAAGGAGCAGGGUUGGCGUGCUCGCAGCGCCUUCAAGCUACUGCAACUGGACGAGGAGUUUGACCUCUUCGCCAACGUCACCCGGGUCGUCGACCUGUGCGCCGCCCCCGGGAGUUGGUCCCAGGUCUUGUCCCGUGUGCUUAUCAAGGGGGAGAAGUUUGGCCGGUCGGCAUGGCAGGAUCGCGAGGCCAAGUUCCGUCAGGAGAUGCUCGGCGUCUUCCCCGCCGCUCCUUCGGAAGCCGGCGCUUCGGCUGCUGACAAGUCCGACGCAGAGGCGGCGGCCGGAGAAGAGGAGAUUCACCCCCGAAAGGACGUCAAGAUCGUGUCCAUCGACCUGCAGCCCAUCAGCCCGCUCCCCGGCAUUGUCACCCUCCGCGCCGACAUCACACACCCCGCUACCGUGCCCCUCCUCCUCAAGGCCCUCGACCCCGACUACGACGCCAACUUGACAGCCAAGCAGCAGGCCACCGACCGUGUCGACCUGGUCAUCAGCGACGGCGCCCCGGACGUCACCGGCCUCCACGACCUCGACAUCUACGUCCAGUCGCAGCUCCUCUUCGCCGCCCUCAACCUCGCUCUCUGCGUCCUGAAGCCCGGCGGCAAGUUCGUCGCCAAGAUCUUCCGCGGCCGCAACGUCGACCUGCUGUACGCCCAGCUCAAGAUCUUCUUCGAGACCGUCGUCGUCGCCAAGCCCAGGUCGUCCCGCGCGAGCAGCGUCGAGGCCUUUAUAGUCUGCAUCAACUUCCAGCCCCCCGUCGGCUUCCACGCCAGCCUCGAGAACCCGCUCGGCGUCGGCCAUGACCUGGACCGCAUGCUCCGCGACCGCACGAGCCGCCUGCCCGCCGUCGCCGCCGCGCUGAUGCAGGACCCGGCCACGGGCAAGUGGAACGCAUCGCCCACGGCGUCCGCCACCGGCGGCGGCAGCGGAGGGCAGGCCGUCGUCGAAGUGGAGGCCUACGACGAGACGGACGAGACGACGGACCACGAGAGCAGCAUUCGGUGGAUCGCACCCUUUAUUGCGUGCGGCGACCUGUCGGCCUUUGAUUCUGACGCUUCCUACCAACUACCCGAGGACCACGUCUCCCUCGACCCCGUGCAGCCUCCGACGGCGCCCCCCUACAAGCGCGCCAUCGAGCUGAGAAAGGCCGCCGGCGGCGCGUACGGCAAGACCUCUGUCAAAGUCUAA